GAGUUGCCACAAAAACAUGUUCUUUUCAUUUCCCUUAACCAAAGACAUUUACACCCUAAGGAGAAUAAGACAUAAAUAACUGUGAUACUGCAUCAAAGCCUGUUCAAGACUCUUCUGCUCUUCACUCACCAUGAAGAAGAUUACACAACCCUGUUUAACAGUCUUGCCAUGGCUGCUAUUCCUGUUCACUCCCAAAGGGUUUUGUAACCAGAGAGUUAAUUGCCAGUGGGGGCCCUAUGGUGACUGGUCAGAAUGUGACGGCUGCACCAAAUUACAGACAAGAAGCCGAACCAUGGCUGUCUAUGCACAGUUUGGAGGUAGCCCCUGUGAUGGAGGGCGGACUGAGACCAGGUCCUGUGAAACCACAAAAGGCUGCCCUCUUGAGGACGGAUGUGGAGACAGGUUUCGCUGUCGAUCAGGGAAGUGUAUUAGCCAGUCCCUGGUGUGUAAUGGAGAUCAAGAUUGUGAGGAAGAUGGACAUGAUGAGCGUGACUGUGGCAUUCAAAAAUACAUUGAAUGUCUAAACUCCGCACCUCCACCUAACAUUGAACUCCUUGGACAAGGGUUUGAUGUGGCGUCAGGGAAGUGGAGGGCCAGUGUCAUCAACACAAAGAGUUUUGGAGGUCAGUGUCGCACCAUCUACAGCGGCGUCCACAUGGCUCCAUAUCGACUGCCCCUCAGCACUAUCCAGUACAGCUUUCUGGUCAAAGCUCAGAAUGAUUUCAGUGAUGAGAUAUUCACCAGUAAAUGGCACUACGCAAAGGACAUUGUCAAGAGACAGAGUGUGACCGGAACAACAACAGGAUAUAACAACUACGACUUACGUGAAACAUAUGACAAGACUCAGACCCAGAGGCUUUUGGUUUUAAAGAAUGACAUAGAGGUAGCUCAGUUCCAGAGUAACUCCCCUCAGUAUCUCCCAAUAUCUGAGGAGUUUUGGAAGGCAAUGGCCAAACUCCCAUCUGUCUACGACUACUCCGCCUACAGAAAGGUUUUGGAGACAUUUGGAACACACUAUCUGUCUGAGGGAAGCCUCGGAGGCCUCCUCAAAGUCGUCGCCACGAUUGAUGAGGAAACUGAGAGAUGGAUGAGAACUGAAAGCUCCCAGUUUAAUGAAUGUGUAAGGACUGAACGUUGGAUUCUUAUAUUCUCCAUCACCUCCGAGGAUUGCAGGAGUGAUCAUUCUAGUAACACAGGCAACAGAGGUAGUACCAGGGACAAUGUAAUGAACAAAGUGUAUGUGGAUGGAGGAGGCCCCCAGUUUAUUGCAGCUCUGCAGUCCAUGCAGUUUGAUAAUCCCGAGAGGAACUGGGAAAUGUACUCAAACUGGGCUGAUUCUAUCACAUCAUUUCCAAAGGUCAUAAAACAAAAGCUGCGGCCGCUGUCGGAGCUGGUGAAGGAGGUUCAGUGUGCUGGGGUAAAGAAGCUCUACCUUCGCAGAGCCAUAGAGCAGUAUCUUGCUGAGAGUGACCCCUGCCACUGCCGGCCCUGCAGCAACAAUGGCUUGGCUGUCAUGGAUGGAAAUGAAUGCAAAUGCAUCUGUAAGCCUGGCACAUCAGGUCUGGCCUGUGAGCAGGGAACUGAAGCGGAGGGUCAGCAGGGUGUGAUUCAUGGUGGUUGGUCCUGCUGGUCUGCUUGGUCAUCUUGCUCUGGGGGUCGAAGGUCACGAAGUCGUUCCUGCUCUAAUCCCUCUCCUCAGAAUGGAGGACAGUCCUGUGUCGGAGAACCCGCUGAGACGUCUGACUGUGAAGACCAGGAGCUGCGAUACUUAAAGACCAUGGAGCCUCAGUGCUUUGACCAAACUCUCCCACCAAGUCAGAAGUGUGGAACCCCGCCUGUUCUAAUCAAUGGUUACAUCCUGAACCCUAAAGACAUUUACCUUGUGGGUAGCAGGGUCCAGUACACCUGCACCGAAGGUUUCUAUCUCGUUGGUCAGUCCAUCCUAGAAUGCACUGCUGAUCAAACCUGGUCUGCAAGCCCUGGACUGUGCACAGUCCUGACAUGCAAGAUUGAGUCCCUCGCUGAUGAUGUCAUAGCCUCUCCUUUAAAGCAGGCCUAUGGCAUAGGGGAGAUGGUCACCUUGUCCUGUCCAGAGGGCAGACGGCUACUAGGAGAAGCAACAAGUAUAUGUGACCCCAGUCUGAAUUUUUCACCAAACCCAGCAGACGUUAAAUGCAGCCCAGUCAGUAUACCACAACCACGCUCUGCUUCAGCGGUCCAAUGUAAACUGUGGCAGAAGUCUUCAAGAGGGAAAUGUGUCUGCAAAAUGCCUUUUGAGUGCAGUUCUUCUUUGGAGUUGUGUGCCACUAGUUCUGCAAGGAGUAGAAAAUCAGUCCUUCUGAGCGUGUGCAAAAUGCACGCACUGCAGUGUGUGGGGAAGAAAUAUGUGCUAGCAGAGGACAGCACCUGCCGGUGGCCACAGCGCAACACAACAGACUGCACCAGCUGUCACAUGUGGGAGACCUGCGAAGAUCAAACCAAAGAGUGCCGCUGCAAGGACUCUGCGGAUUGCUUGACCCCAGGAUUAAAUGUGUGCGUCCGUGUUGGAGAGGAUCCAACUGCAGCGGCUCAGACCAUGAGUGAGUGUGAGGCAGGACUACGGCGAUGUAAAGGAGAAAAGGUGUCAGUUGUCAACAUCCUGCCCUGCACUUCCUGAGGAUGCAGGAGGAGGGCUGACCUUAUCAUCACUUAUAGGUUAUACAUUCCUCAUAUUUUUUGACCAAAUGAAUAUUGUUUCAAAUAUCACCACUUAACACACUCUAAAGGCACAUUUUUAUGCAUGUAUAAAACAAAAUAAAACUGUAUUAACAACAAAUAAAUAGUGACGAACCAGU